GCCGGCGUCCGACCCCCGGGAAGGCCUCCCUCGAAACGACGGCCUCGCGCGCAGCCCCGGAGCCGCUCGAGGCGCCGGUGUCUGCGGUGUGCGGGGUCAGGCUGCCCGGCCGGCCGCGCCUCUGGCCAGGCUCCUGCGGAAUCCGAGAGCCGCGUGGCCCCUCCGGGACCGCCGGGCCAGCCCAGCUCCCCGGCACGCAGGUUUCCGUGCUCGGGUCGGUGAGGCCGGGCGGCGGCGACAGGGAGAGCCGGUGGCCUGACUGCGCGUCCUUCGUGGCCAUUCCCUCCAGGCCGUGCCGCUGGGAGCGGCGGGAACCCCGUGACCACAGGAGCCCCGGGGUCGGCUGGGGGGGCUCUCCUGAGGGGCGUCUCCUGGUCUUUCUGGACCUGGAGGCGUUGGCGAGGGAGACACCCACGCCCUCUGCCCUCCAGAGGUUGGCAUUUGUGCCUGUUCAAGCUAAAAUGAAGAUGUAGCUCUGUUCUGUGUGUGUCGGAGCGAGUUCUGGGUCACUAACCUGAGUGACUUGAAGCUGCUUUGAAGGGAGGACCCCAUGCCCCCACAUGUUCGCUGGGAGAAUACGUUAGGGCAGCCUCUUGUCAGGGGACUCUGGCCAUUUACCCAAAGUAAGUUACUUUGGUUGUGAGGCCCCGGGUGAGCACUGGGAGGGCCUCUUCUGGACAUCCGCUCCGGGAACUACCCCCUGUGAGCUCAGGCGCCCCCGCGUUGGCUCAGAGGCCCUUUCCUGCCCCAGCCCCCAGCGGCAGCUCCGCUGCCCCUCUCAGGAGGGCGUACCUGCAGCGUCCCGCUCCUGGCCGGGUCCCUCCAACAGAUGGCCGCAGGCGUGUGUGCGUGCGCCUACUGUGUGUCCGCGGGACGCACGUCACUGGCCACACAAACGUCUGUGAACCAGGAGUCCUAGCCAAGAGGACACUGCCGUUCUCUCCUGGUGUCUGCUGCUACCAUUUGAGAAAUCGGAGAGCGACAGAUACUUACAAACCUGGAGACCCACCAUCCAGAGCAAAUUUUUUUGUGUGUGUGUGCGAGAGAAAAUACUAAUACUGAAGUUCAAGCAUCUCCAGUUUUAAGGAACGAGUGACAUUUAUUAGGCUUUUAAAAAAUCAGAUUACGAAGGUCGUACAUGCUCAUUUCCGAAAAACUGGAAAAAACGGGGAAGUGCUGAGAAAUCACAGACAUCCCCUGCACCCCUGUGACUUACGAACACGGGGUUUACCUGCCCGUGGCUGCUACUCUUGCAGGACACGGCCUGGCAGCCAGCUCGUGCCCUCCCUGGCUGACCUCCGUAGACCCCAUCUGGACCCUUUGGUUUAGAACCAGUUCUCAGUAUCAUAAAUAGUGCUGUCGUGAACUUCCCCUCGGUGCAUCUCUGACUGUUUUCUGAGGGUACAUCUUAGGGAGCAAAGGGCUUGUAUUUUCUGAGGUUUUUUAGUUUUGUCUUAUCUUGGAAGUAACACUGAAUUACCCUUUGGGAGGGCCGAGUUGGUGCCCUAGCCAGAGCCCCCCCCCCCCCCCCCCGGUCCUGGGGGCAGCCUGGCUGCCAAGACCUCUUGAGUCACUCAGGUGUCAGCCUCUCCGGGCAGCUCCCCAUCAUGGACACUCCUUGCUGCUUGUCCUACGGCCGAAUGGGAGUGUAGGGGGACCCGCCAGGCCUGGACUUGGAUCGCCAGUUCUCCCGUUAUUUUGUGGUCUAGGGCAGGGGACUUUCCCUUUUGGGUUCUCUGGCGGUUGUUGCUGUGACCGCCUCUCGCGGCGUCCACCCCCAGCCCUGCUUGUGGAGUCGGCCGAGGCCCCACAAGGGAGGAAGAUGGGCGCAGCCCUGUUUUCCAGUUCUGUGUCGCCAGCGCCGGGCUCCAGCUUCUCAUGGCCGCCGUCUGGCUCGGGAUGGUGCUGCUUCUCGGGCCCCGGCAGACGCAGGCAGCUUGCUCCCCUCUCCCAGUGAGGGAGGCAGGAGGUGUCUGUGCUUUGAGAUCCUGGAGGGGAACCCUCCCUCUGCCGGGGAGACCUGGACUGGGCACCACCUCUCCCAGGAGAGGGCUGGGAGAAGCAGCUUUUCUAGCUGCCGGGGUGCCCUGCUCCUUAGCACCCCAGAGGACACUGUCCCCUCCACCGCACACUCCGGGACAUCUCCAGUGUACUCUCCCCGACAAGAAUCCGGCCAGAGAGGCUGGGUAGCAGGUUUUCUAGUUGCACACUGUUUUGUUUUCCCCACUGCCAGUAGGGGGAACAGGAGGGUCUGCAGGAUGUGGGGGACAGGAAACCUGUCAGGCUACACUGCUUUGCCCCUCGCCAGCUCUCUUUCUUCCCGAAACUGGCAUGUCCGACGCACUCAUGGCAUUACUGAUUCCUGACCGCGUGUCAGGUUUCUUGAUGCUAGCAGAAGUCCGGAGAUGUGGAACCAGCCCCCAGUUCACCUCUGAACCCUGUGUGGGGGCAGGACAGGGCACAGAGAAGGGGUAGGACACCGCGGCUCUGGAAGACCCCCCUCCCUCAUCUGGGAGUGGCGUGGCUCUGGCGCAUCUGAGGGCUCGCCAUCCGGUGAGGGCUGUGGGGUGUUGAUGAAUAUUUGCCCAGCACCUUGGAGCAAGGAGCCACCACUGAGAGGGUCUUCGGAGGUCUGCGGGGCCUGCUGCGGCGUGGCUGGCCUGCACAGAGACCGUGCGGAGCCCCAGCUGCCCUAGAACCAGUGUGCUGAGCGGCUCGAGUUCAAGGCAUCACCCUGUUCCGGCAGCUCUCCCUGCCCUGGAGCGUGUGUCCGGUUAGGUCCAUCAGGCUGGCAUGAUGCUGCCCCGUCCCGUGAUGUCCUUCCCGCGCCUGCUCUGUGCUGUGGCCUCCCAGCGGCUGGCCCCCUGGAGAGGCAGCGGAAGCAGCCCCCUGCACACGGCCCUCGCCGUCUGUGCUGACGGGAGCGCCCCGGUGUACACCCGCGCCUUGGCCUUUGCGGACAGGAUUGCUCUGGUUGACCAGCACGGCCAGCACACGUACAGGGACCUUUACAACCACAGUCUGCGCCUGUCCCGGGAGCUGUGCCGUCUCCUCGAGCGUGCUGACGGGGACCUCCAGGAGGAGAGGGUCUCCUUCCUGUGCUCCAACGACGUCUCCUACGUGGUGGCACAGUGGGCUUCGUGGAUGAGCGGAGGCAUCGCCGUCCCCCUCUACCGGAGGCACCCCCAGGCGGAGCUGGAGUAUUUCAUCCGGGACUCCCGGAGUGCUGUGGUCCUCGCCAGCCAGGAGUACCUGGAGCUCCUGCACCCGGUGGUCAGGAAGCUGGGUGUCCCCCUGCUGCCCCUCCCACCCACGGUCUAUGGUACGGCCCCUGAGGAGCCUGGGGCGUGGGGGGUGCCUGAGCGGAACUGGAGAGACCGAGGCGCCAUGAUCAUCUACACCAGCGGGACUACGGGGAGGCCCAAGGGUGUGCUGAGCACUCACCGCAACAUCAAGGCCAUGGUGACGGGGCUGGUCCACAAGUGGGCGUGGAGUAAAGACGAUGUGAUUCUCCACGUUCUUCCACUGCACCACGUGCACGGCGUGGUCAACAAGCUGCUGUGUCCACUCUGGGUGGGGGCCACCUGUGUGAUGCUCCCCGAGUUCAGCGCACAGCUGGUUUGGGAAAAGCUCUUAGGUGGUGAGAGCCCCCGGAUUAACGUGUUCAUGGCGGUGCCCACGAUCUACGCCAAGCUGACGGAUUAUUACGACAGACAUUUCACCCAGCCUCACGUCCAGGCUUUUGUCCGCGCAGUUUGUGAGCAGAGAAUUAGGUUGAUGGUCUCAGGGUCCGCCGCCCUGCCCCUGCCGGUGCUGGAGAGGUGGCAGGGCAUCACAGGCCACACUCUACUGGAGCGCUACGGCAUGACGGAGAUCGGCAUGGCCCUGUCCAACCCCUUGACCGCCACGCGUGUGCCAGGCUCCGUGGGGACCCCGCUGCCAGCCGUGGAGGUGCGCAUAGUCUCAGAAAACCUGAAGAAGGAAGGCUGCCCCUACGUGCUCCACGCAGAAGGAAACGAAAGGGAGACGCAGGUGACCCCGGGGUUCAAGGAGAAGGAAGGGGAGCUGUUGGUCAGAGGGCCGUCUGUGUUCCGAGAAUACUGGGACAGACCAGAAGAAACGAGACGCGCCUUCACCGAGGAUGGCUGGUUCAAGACAGGCGACACGGCAGUGUUUAAGGACGGCACCUACUGGAUCCGGGGCCGCACGUCCGUGGACAUCAUCAAGAGCGGUGGCUACAAGGUCAGCGCCCUGGAGGUGGAGCGGCUGCUGCUGGCGCACCCCAGCAUCACAGACGUGGCCGUGAUUGGAGUUCCAGACAUGACGUGGGGCCAGCGGGUCACUGCAGUGGUGACCCUUCAAGAGGGACACUCCCCAUCCCACAGGGAGCUCAAAGAGUGGGCAAGUCUGGGAAGUUUCUGCUUCCUCUGCUGUCUCUCUGCACCCCUCCUUCCCAACGUGCCUCCCUCCUUGGUGCUGAAGGUAUUUUGGGUUCGUCCAGCACGAUUCCGCAAGGAGCAGAAGCCCUUGUUCUGUGAGGGCCAGCGUGGCUGCGCGAUGCGCUCCGCUGGGUUUGCCGACACACACUGGGAGCAGGACUUCCACGGAGGAGGGUAUUCUAGUCGCCGUCGCGGUUUCGAUGAAACGCCAGUCACCAGUGCGGAGCUGUCUGCCGAGAGUUGGGGUCCGGUUUCGGGCAGCCCGUGCACACGGGUCAGGCUUGGGACCGUGGCCACGGGAAGACCUGAGGCGGGUACUCUGUACGCUUGGGGUGGGGGCAGGCGACACCCCUAAGAGGUCAGGGCCAGCGGCUGACUGCUGUCUCCAGAACUGUCCCACAGUGAGGCCGAUGUCCAGGCUUCUGUGUCCUCAAGCCAGGCAGCCGCUGGGCAGCGACGCCGAGGCCACACAGCCCAUGGUGGGGCAGGUCCGCCUCUCGGAUGUGGCCCUUAGUGAGUGGCCCUCUCUGUCAGCUCUGUUCUCCCACGUUUUUCCUUUCUGACGAGUCCUCCCUCAGCCGGUGCUCCCCAGGCCAAGAGCCGGAGGCUCAGGCCACAUGUCCCUGCGAGGCAGUGAGUGAGGCAUAGAGCAAGACAGCAGCACGUCUGUGCCCGGGACGCGGCCCACCCACUACCCUCUAUCCCUGAGAUACCAAGUCCGAAAGGGAAUCCCGGGAUGCGUGGUCUUGACCCACAGUUGAUGUCUGAUGAGCCCCCAGAGGAGUGGUGGGCUUUGGCUUAGCGUCCCGUCCUCACUGUGUGCAGGCCGCCCGUCCUCCCCGGAGAGCACCUGCUCCGCGGCCCGCGGCCCCGGGAAGACCGCUUUUCCCCAAACGGCUCCGCUCUGCCGCUCGCUGAGCUCGGCCCUUCACAGGCGCCCCGGGCGCCCCUGGCGUCUGCCGUGCGAACACGUUCUGGAAAUGCCGGGCCCCCGGCCAUCCCUCCGAUGCUUCUCCGUCACUUUCUAACUCCUGUGGCUUUCGUCCCUUAUCCCCGAAGCGGCCACGGUUAGGGUUCCUGACGCCGGGCUCUCACGUACAGCCCCCACCUGCGCAGGCCGCCCGCCUCCGCGGCUCUCCCCCGACGCUCGCCUCUUUCCUAGCAUGGCUGGGCCUGGAACAGACUCUCCCGCUUACCGAGAACAGCCGAUCGGCACGUAGCUUCUGCGUGGUGCGUGUCCUGUCCCGGGUUCUUGCAGGGGCGGAAGCUGCAGGAGAGGACACGGGGAAAGUCACAAGGGAGACCGAAUGCACUUUUAGUCCUCUGCGGUGUUUAUCAAAAAGUCUCCUUAUGACCGGAUUCACGUGACUCAAACCGGCGUGUUUCUGCCCCAGCGUCAUCUCUCCAAAAGGAUUCAGUCCCCAGGAAAUGACGUGUGUCCCAGCCUGUGCCCCCCGGGCCCGGGUUCCUCGGCAGCUGCCCGCUCAUUUCUGCUGCCCGGCCUCCCGGGGACUGUCGGCAUCUCUGUCCGAAAAUGCCUUAAGUUUGGCCUCAUUCUUGAGGGUGCUUGGCCCAGGCCAAGGGGAACGGCGCUCCGCUCACCAGACCGCCCAGCACGGGGCUGGCAGAGUCUCGGGGCUCCUGCCCUGGGCCCUGGCAUCGGCUUGCUGCUGCCGCAGGGGAAGCACACAUGCCUGGACACACGGGGUUUGGGCAGCGAGGCCAGGGUGCUCCGAGGGGCUGUUUCUUAAUGCCAGCUCUGUGCCACCAGAGUCCCUUGGACAGUCCCGUGGCUUAUCCUGCCAAGUCCAGCCCAGCCCUCCCCUGUGUGCCGCCGGCUGUUUCCCGUAGCUGCCGGCACCAUGGGUGGGGGCACCCUCUGCCCUGACGAGCCAGCACCUGAACCCCGAGCCGCUCCCCCCCCCCCCCCCCCCGU